GCUGAUUCAGCUAUUUCUCAUGCCUGUCUUUCUCCACAGUACCUAGCGGAGAACUGCCAUCCAGCAAUUUGGUGUGCCCUGGAUGCUUUGCUGAGGAUUCCAUAUUCUGCGAGCCCACAUUGAUAAAAUGUCCUGAAUCAGAGAACCAAUGCGUGAACAUUACUGGGAUCUUUGUUGACGGUACUAAACUAACACCCUUCUAUGGUAGAGGUUGUGCUACAUCCAAAACAAUGCUUGUUCCUCUCUUUUACCCUAUAUCCAGAGGUGGACAGUCCUCGAUUCAAAUUACUGCCAUCAAGAAGGUGAAAGAUGCAGAAAAGUCCUUAACCUGUCGUACCUCUUCGACAGCAACUCAGCUUUGUACCAAUGCCGAAUGCUAUUCACAACAAGCAGAAAGUACCAUUGAUGGGUCGAAGACGCCACACGACAUCCUUACAUGCCUUUCAUCAUGCAAAGCCAGGGACAUAAAAUUCACAUUUGGAGACAAAAAAUAUAUCCGUGCGAAUGGCAAAUGCUGUGUCACGGACAACUGCAAUAGUAUUCCUGCAGUAUCUAACACAGAUGUGAAAAACAGCAGUUUGGAAUGCCCCGGGUGUUUUGAAUUCAAAACCUACUGCGAGGCCACAUUGAUGAAAUGUCCUGAGAAAGAGGACCAAUGCGUGAACAUUACUGGGACGUUUGUUGACGCCAGUGGAAGCAAACCCUUCUAUGGUAGAGGUUGUACUGCAGUCACAGAAAGGGACAUUGUCCUCGGUGACACUAUUGCCACAGGUGAAAACUCCUGGUUUCAAAUUUCUGGCUUCAGUGUGGAGAAAGCUAAAGAUAGUUCGUGGUCAGUUCAAGAAAGCUCCACGGUUACCCUCCUUCUGUCUGGUCUCAUUGGAAUCCAGCUGACCAACUUCUUUUAUUGAUCUUGGUUUCCUGUAUUGAAAAAGCAUCUGAGUCCUAAAGAGUUAAGGAUGCGGCUAUAUUGGAGACCUGUUGUAAUUUAACCCCAAAGAUGUUUCACUGUUACCUUUGAGAAGUAUGUUUUUCUCUCCAUACCAUUUGAUUUUUUUAAUGUGUUUUGAUUAUUUUCAUAUAUUAUAUCUAAUCAAUUCAUUAAAAGGAUUUUCCCAAACUCUGACAUUCAAAUGUAUUUGCAUUCAGUUAAUGUGAAAAAAGAAAAGAAAAAGAGGCGGCUCCGUAAGCAAAAAGUAGAAUAUAUGUUUUUCAUAUAGAAUAUCCCAUUUUCAUCUUUGGAAUCUUCCACUAAAAACAUAAUAAAAAUUG